UCAAAUGUGUAAAGAGCGUAAAGUAAUCGGUGCUGGAAGUAAAUAGCAGUGUGAAACAAAUAUUCGUUGGAUUACCGACACACAUUUCACAAUAAAAUCAAGUUUGUAUCAAAGUGGAUUAAUUUGUUGUUUCAAGUUUGGAUUUAUAUCAUUUGUACCCGAGAUGGAUGAUUAAAGAAUGGGUAAAAACGCGAGUAAACACGUUCAUCGACCAUGUGAUACUCCAAACCGUGAAGAGUGUUUCCUUGUGAACGCCCAUCUGAACAAGGCCUGGGAAGAGCAAAUUUGGAAGAAAACCACCAAGACUGGUUACAAUCUUGCCAACUACAACAUGAACCAGUCUAUGUCUGAGUUAUCAAUCUGUCUGGAAGAUAAACAAGACAAUACAGAAGUUAAAGAGACAAACAAGGAUAGUAAUCUAGCUCUGAAAGUGGAGUUACCUCCCAUGAAAACAGAGAAUGGUAGUGGCAAGGUGUUCACGUUUGACCAGAGUGAUGAGAAGGAGAAAGGCGAAAAAGAACAUGAAACAACGCUCAACAUUGAGGAAUUUGAAUGUGGUGUGCACUUUGGAGGAGGAGAGAAUUCUAAACAAGAGUGGUCCUUUACUCUGUAUGAUUUUGAUGGGCAUGGUAAAAUAACAAAAGAGGAUCUUGUUGGACUAUUGAAGGCAUUAUAUGAUGCCAUCGGAUCUUCAAUAAAGAUUCCAAAUAAUGGCACAAAGACAUUAAAACUCCGCCUGAGUGUCGGUCAGGAAUCGUCACAGGAACUCGUUCCUGGUGAAAUUGCUUGUAACGCAGUUGCAGGCACUGAAAAAGACACUGAGGAAAAGGAUUCGAAAAAUACUCCAAAGAAAAAAGACAAUUCUAAGCAUAAAGACAAUAUUAAACAAAAAGACUCUCCGAGGUCAAAGGUUAAGGACAUUUCACGGUUGAACAACCUUGUAGGUGUCGGAAGUCAGAGUAUGCCAGCAAAGUGUAAUAAUAACGACGCACAAGCGUUGUCACAGAGUACAGCAAAGUCAAGACUGACGACACAACGUCAUAAAGAACUGGCAAGUCUGGUGAAGGAGAACAUGGAGCGCAAUCAUAUUAAACCUCUUCGACGGCAUCACAGUGAUUGCCAUGGGUGUGUACAGGAACAUAAACACCAGAAAAGACGCCUGAAACCCUCGCGCACAACUAAUUCAGCUAAAGAUAAUAACAUUAAACAGAGGCAAGUAAAGUCUCUAGCUUCUGCUGCUGCUGCUGCAACUCAAAAUAACAUGGUAGCAGACGACACCCCAAAGGAAAGUCAGGACCGCAGAAACUAUUAUCUUGAUUUAGCAGGUGUCGAAAAUAACACUUCUAAAUUUCAGGACACGCCAACUUCAGCAUUAGCUUCAGGAAAAAAUUCAGAAUUAAACAACUCACGUGUGAAUACCUCAAAAUAUCAGCCAGUUAAAUCCAGUUCAGCAUUAUUUGGGGGGCGUUUUUGUGCUCCGAGACAUUUUCGUUCAAGGUCACAUGAAAUGGCAGACAAAAAGUGUGAUAGUGUGAAAAUUCAAUCAGAACAAUGUCAGGCAGGCACUGAACAAUCGGUUUCUACCAAACCAGACCAUUUAAGGUCAAGGUCAUUUGAUCCUCAGGACUCGAGUGUUAGUAACAUACGAGCUAUGAAAGGAAAUCCUCAUUUAUUAUUGUCAAGUCAGAAGCAAUCGAAAUUUCGGCCGGUUAGUCUACCACCGCACAUACCGGAAACAGUAUCCCCGCAUUACCAUCGGCGACACCGGCAUCGGGAAAAGGACCAUGACAUGGCUAUGCAACAAGUUGCGGAAUGGAUCGAAAGGGAGCACACGUUGGACUUUGACGGUGAAAAGGUCAUAGUUCAAAGACACGAGCAUCACCAUGUACAUGAACACCAUCAUCAUCAUCACUAUCAUCAUUACUACGAGGCAUGAUGUUGAAAGUUUGGUGCUAAAUUGUUUUGCCCAUGAAACAGAAAUCUAAGUUUAUUGCAAUAGUUAUAAAUUGAUAGGUCAGAUUGAUACGAAUUUUGUAGAAUUUGAUCCUGAAUGAAGUUUUAUAAUUGAAGUUUUCUUUUGAAUUAGUAGUUGUAAAGAAAAUCUGUGUAUUACACUAUAAGGGCUGAUAUUUCUUUUCAUAAAGGAACUUGGUUGUAAACGUUGAGGGUAGAUA